CCCGCCCCCGCCCGGCCCCGAGGGGCGGGACAGAGACGCAACGCGCGGGGCGGGGCCAUGCAAAUCAGCCGGGGUGGGCGUGGUUUGGUGACGUAGCGCGGGGCAUGCGGCGGGAGCGGUGGCGCGCGCCAUGGGGCUGGAGGAGCCCGACCUGUACCGGGACACGUGGGUCCGAUACCUGGGUUAUGCCAACGAGGUGGGUGAGUCCUUCCGCCCACUGGUACCAGUGCCCGUGGUGUGGGCCAGCUACGGCGUGGCCACAGCCUACGUGACCGCUGAUGCCAUCGACAAGGGUCGGAAAGCCGCUACUGCCCACCCGCAGGACCCCACACGUGUGGGGGUGGCCGUGGUGGACACCUUCGUGUGGCAGAGCCUGGCCUCGGUGGCCAUCCCCGGCUUCACCAUCAACCGGCUCUGCGCUGCCUCGCUGGCCCUGCUGGGCUCUCUCACCCGCUGGCCCCUGCCCGUGCGCCGCUGGACCACCACUGCCCUGGGGCUGGCUGCCAUCCCCCUCAUCAUCACCCCCAUCGACAGGACUGUGGAUUUCCUGAUGGAUUCCAGCCUCCGCAAGCUUUACAGGACACCAGGAGAGCCCCCGACAUCCCACUGAGCACCACCCCACGCACUCUGGGGAAACUGAGGCAUGCUGCUGUGACCCACCUACUGUGACCUCUCACUCUGGUGACGCCCAGAGUGGCCACCCUGUCCCACACUAUUGUCCUAAUAAACCAUUUCAAACAUGA